CGUUUGCGAGGAGACCAUACGUGUCAAGGAGGUCUUAAAUCUCUUUCCGCCGCCUUGCGAUGCCAAGAGGUUUUACGAGCAGAACCCGCCUAACGUGAAAAAUGGGCACGUCAAACGCCCGUGCAACAAAUUCAUGAUCUUUCGUAAGUUGGCUCACGAUCAAAAGAACAACAGCGAACUGUCAGGAUACAACGAGCGCGAGUUCUCCAAGCAUCUGGGUAUCAUUUGGACUGAUUUGAUCACGGAUGAGCAGCGAGGAAUGUACGAGCAGCUGGCCAAUGAGGUUUUCGAGAUACAUAAGGCGAAAAAUCCGGAUUACAAGUAUCAACCAAAGCGAGACAGAGCCGCGUGGAAGAAUUUGACGCCGGCUGAUCAAAAAUUAGAACAACAACAAGAACAAAUCCCAUUCGGCGGUGAUCCCAACGCCGAAGAGAUAUGUUUUCAAAUUCCACAUCAAGCUCAACAACAACCGUUUAUUCUAAACACAAUCUGCUAUGACCAGCAAUUUAUGGAAUCGAGUAACGGCUGGCAAUAUCCUCAUUGGAACUAUAUAAGUCCACCUCCAUUUCAAUGA